GUGACGUGAAAGUCCUUGGAGGAAAUAUUGUGGGAAUUUGGAAUUUGGAAUUUGGGAAAGUCAAGAUUGGGAUCUGAAUAAAAAAAGAAAAAACAAAAAACACAGAAGCAAUCCCCUCCUAAUUUGAUGAACAAGAAGCAGUAGCAGAAAUGGAAAUAAUAAAUGCGAAAUAACUGAUUUCUCAGAAAUUACAGAAGAGGUGUCUGUCUGUUCCGGAGAUUCGAUUCAAUCGGCCAUCUUUUUCCACUGCUCCUCGGGAUUCAGACUCACUCUUUCUCUUCCUCAAAAUAUAAUGUUUCAGAUUUUGAAGCAGGAUAGGAAGUGAUAUUGAGAAGAACGGUGUGUUGGGUUAAUGGAGGGGGAGACAUUGUCAUCAGGAGGAAUGGGGAAUGGAAGGCAGAUGGAUGGGAAAAUGGCUCAGACAUUUCAGAAGAAUUUCGUUCAAGUUCAGAACAUUUUGGAUCAAAACAGAUUGCUGAUCAAUGAAAUUAACCAAAAUCACGAGUCCAAAAUGCCCGACAACCUCGCCAGAAACGUGGGCUUGAUUCGCGAGCUUAACAACAACAUCAGAAGGGUUGUGGAUUUGUACGCCCAUCUCUCUGCUUCCUUCACCAAAUCCAUGGAGGCCUCCUCCGAAGGAAACUCCGCCGCCAAGCCUGGCCACAAGCGCAACCGCCCUCCGCCGUAGCCCAGAUAUAUAUAUUACUACCCUCCCCUCUCCCCUUUUCUUCAUUCUUUGCUUACAACGAUAAUUUCCCAGAUUCUAUGUUUCCAAUUCUAAAGCAAAAUUAAGCAUAUAUUUGUCUUCU